AUGGGAACUCCAGUCGCCCAAAUCCUCUACUAUCUCUCUCAGGAACAGCAGACUCCAUCCGAUGUUCAACACGAACUCGAAGCUUUUUCUGCUUUUCUAGAAACACUGACAGAUGUCACAUGUUCACAACUGGUAUCGAGCGGAGUGGCCGCAAGAAUUACAGAAUCACUAUCCAGACGGAGAUUGUGCAGUUUGAAGUGGACGGCUUCUUGCCCAUCUCGCAAAUGGGUUUGUUUUGUGCUGCGAUUAGCUCGGAUUCUAUUCCGUGAUCGCAGCUGUGUUGACGUAUUUCACUCUAUCAAAGAGCAUCAAAACUAUGUGCAGUUCGCCAACUACCUCUCCAGAAACCUCCUCAAUUACGAAACUGAGUACACUCAAGUGGCAGGUUUACUUCUCAACGUGACACAGAAGUUGAUUCACGACGGGGAAGCAGCAUUGAUGUUCGUUCGGGUGCAAAUCGCGAAGUGCAUGCUCCGCUUCCUCAACUGUCGUGACAUGUACAUCCAACAGGCAGCACUUGAGAUUCUUGGGAGAGUUGCCGAUUGGUCAGCCGUCUGUCGUGUGGAACUCUGUGCCUCAACUGCAAUCGACAUUUGUUUGCAGCUCAUACCCACGAGGGAUCUCUUAACGCAGAAUUUACUCCGAAUAUUGUCAUGUGAAGACCAGGCUCGAGAACAAAUACGAAUCUACGAUGGAGUACCAAUUCUUGUAGGAUUGCUGUCAGUGAGAAAUUCGCGGCUGCAGUGGCAUGUGGCUUGGUCGUUAGCACAACUUGCCGAGGACGAAGAGACUUCUGUUGAGAUUGUGCAACUUGGCGGUAUUUCACUCAUACUAUCAGAAUUCUUAACUCUGAAGCCGCCCACUAAAGCACUUAACGAUUGGAUUGCCAUGGUCACAGGUCUGUGCGCACUUUUGGCUCAAUUGUGUCAAUGCGACUCAAACCAGUAUCAGCUAAUCAACAACAAUGGGGUUUACUUGUUGGGACGUGCGCUUCUGCUGAGCACCGAAGACGAGCGAUUACGGGAGAAUCAGGGCUGGAAGAGUGUGCAGUGUUCUAUUUUUCGUGUUCUACGCAUUCUGUUCUCCUUGGAAAGAAAUCGCGGGAUGUUCAAAAAGGUAUUCCCACCCACCUUCUUCGAGCAAUUUAUCGACGUUGGACAUUAUGUGCGCGAUCUCUCAUCUUAUCGACCCUUGGUAACAGAAUACUCCAAAGUCAUCGACUCUUCCUCCGUAGCAGAUUUGCAAGCUUCAUGGGAAUCAGUUAAUCAAAAGCGCGACCCCAUUGGAAGAGUGGCCGAUUACGAACUGCUCGAUCAACUUGGUGCUGGUGCAUUUGGCUGUGUUUAUACUGCUCGCAAAGUAGGAUCCACAGCUAGCAAUGGCGUUUACCAGUACUAUGCACUCAAAGAGAUUUACAUGGCUCAACUUAGUGGCGAAAAGGACGACAAAAGCCUUGGCGAUGUUAUUAGCGAGGUGAAAAUAAUAAAACAACAACUUCGUCAUCCAAACAUUGUACGAUAUCGCCGCGUUUUCGUUGAACACCACCGGCUGUACAUCCUCAUGGAUCUCAUCGAAGGAACUUCACUAAAGGAACAUAUCAUAUCGGUGCGGGAAAAGCGACAGUUCUUUUCCGAGGAUCGAAUUUGGAACAUGGUCAUCCAAACUACACUCGCUCUACGGUACCUGCACAAGGACAAGCAGAUCGUUCACAGAGACCUGAAACCUAACAACAUAAUGAUCGCAGAGAACGACCGCGUCGUGAUAACAGACUUCGGAUUGGCCAAAAAAAGAGGCAGUGAAUACUUAAAUUCUGCGGCAGGCACCUUCAUAUACAGCUGUCCCGAAAUCGUGCAGAAUAUGGGCUAUGGUGAGAAGGCCGAUGUUUGGUCGUUUGGAUGCUGCAUCUACGAGAUGGCUGUUCUUCGUCCUCCAUUUUAUUCGCAAAACAUGUUGGCGUUAGCCACACAAAUCGUUGAAGGAAAGUAUGAACCAUUGGGUAACGACCGUAGCAGCGAUCUCUGUCUGCUCAUCUCUUCGUGCCUAACUGUUUCUCCUAAUUUGAGACCGGACAUCGUUGAAGUGGCCCGCAUAGCGGCACCUCACAUGCUCCUCUGUCUGGAUGACAUCUUUAGAACCUACGUCUCCAAAACGAAGGCGGAAGAAGUGCCUCAAGAAUACAAACGCAAAAGAGAUAACGCUUCUCUCGAGUCAUCCUCGAAUUCUUCAGUGGGAUGUCUUUCACGUCGAAAGUCAGUGAUUCCCGAAGGUAACGCACAACAACUGAAGAACCAGCGAUUACCAGUAGUCGACAACAGCAUCGAUAAACCAAGAACGAUAAAAUCCUUGUCAGCUGGCCAGACUGCGCGAAACAUAGCAGUCGGCACAUCUUGCUCCCUACCGAAGAUAUGUAGUUUUGGACGGGACCGUCGAGUGACUAUAGCUGAGGGAAAUCAUAGGAGAGCCAGCUCUUCUGGUUCGAUAGAUCGUCGUUUCGUUAGGCACCAAGAAGGACUCAGCGUCCGCUCAGCAUCACUAAGGCCGAUCUCUGAUCCACUACUUGAUGUCCUCUCUCAGAUCCAUAAGAUCGUUUUAAUAAGUGAAGCAGCACUUUCAGAUCCUUCUGAUUCGACAAAUCAUAAGCGACGAGUAGUGGAACAAUUUCGGCGUCGCAUCUUUAGCAAAUCAAGCAAUGCGGAUUUGAUUAAGAAGCAUUUACGGAAGCUAUCAGCAGAAGCACAUGAGGAAAUUGAAUUGGAUCUGGGCUAUUCCGACUUUCGCCCAGUGCUGGCCGAUAUUCACAUGUCCGGGUAUCAAAAUGAUAAGAAGGUAACUGGAAUCACUUACGAACAAUUAUCAGCGUGUAUUCAAAUCCUCAUCCAAGAGAUUCGUUAA